GCUUAAGAUAAAAUAAUCACGAAUUCUACAAACUCCUCUCCUCCGAACUUUAAAAAACCACUUCGGAUUCCAACUGGGCAAAUCCACUACACUUUAUAUCCAGCACCGAUACUCCUCCCUAUUCUUCUUGAAGCUUAUGAUAAUAGGGUACUACACACCUUCACAACUCGGAACUUCACUUUCUGGAAUCUAAUUGCGACCAUGGUGGGAACUAAUGAAGUCGACUUUUCCUAUCUGAAAAAUAAGGCCAUAUACCUGGGAGAUAUAGGCAUGCGCAUAAUUGACCUCCUAGUGUCUUCACUGGAACUAUCGCAUUCGACAAAGCCGAUAAAAACGGCGGAUCAUUUUGUUAGGGCCUUGGUCAAAUACUCGUCUCCAGAGACAUCGGGACUACAGCCAGAGGAUUUUGUAUGGCAAUUUUGGGAAAGCCUCAUCGACAUUGCAAGCCAGGUUCCACCUCGCACUUUAGUGCAAGACGUCCUUUUCAAUAUAGUGAUCUUACUGGAGAAAAUUGGGGAACGAGAAAAGGCCAAUACUCAGAUGUGGAAAGACCUACCUGAUAUAGAUAUCGCAAUGAGAGACAACUGGAAUCGUAGUCCCACAUUCGAUCCUAAUUUCAACAGUGGUGAAGAGUUCACGGAACCUGAGUGGGUGAACGUCAAUUCUUUUCUCGCUAGACUCCAUCACAAGCAAGGGAUAUGGGAAAAAUACGUGAUAUGGGAACUACGAGAGGGACUAGAGACCCCAUUUACCCCUAUCCAAGACAUGCCAACCGUCGUAGAGACCAGAAUUCGAGUUGCGACCGAGUGGAUAUUUGAGAGUUCCCGUCGUAUCUUCGUUGACUCACUAGACCAUGCCUUUUCGGAUUAUCCUGAAGGUCCGAAUACGGGUCGUCCAUACAGUUGCGGACCAUUAUAUUCUGGUGUCAGUGGCUACAGUCUUGAGCGAUGGUGUUUCUGGAAGCGUCGGCUCGCGGAAAUAAGAACCGAAGUUAACGAGGACCUACACUCGGCGAUUGAUAAGGCAAUAAAAGCUAUGACACGGGCUGAGAAGAAGCUGGGAAAACAGCUUAAAUCUUCAGCUUAUCUAACCGACUAUCUAACCGACUCAGAAGUCGAGUCGGAAAUCGAAUUGGAACCCGAGGCUAGUUCCGCAUCUAGUAGUGACGACUCCAAAAGUGAAGACUGCGUGGAGGACUCCAAAAGUGAAGACUACGUGGAGGUUGGUAACACCAUAGACGAUGGUGAUAUGUCUAACGAUACUAUUUUGGAGAAGGGUCACGCGGAGGAGAGCAAUCAUGCGAACUGCGAUGAUCCCUUCAAAUACCUAGGAGGACCAUCAACAUGUAUCAAUCAUUAAUGGAUAACUAGAACUACCGGAGCAAGGUUGUAAGGGUUUGGUGUCUUUAUGGAAACUCUAGCGAAUUCUCUUUUUGAUCUGCUUGCUCAGCUCGGAAUUUAAUGGCCAGACACGCCUAAAUGCCGGCAGCAUAAACCGCAGCGUUCUUAUUCUUGCUCAAUCGGUUGGACCUAUUUGAAGAUAGCUACAGUCCAAAUAAACUACAGUUCAAUUG